AUGAAGUCGCCGGACAAUGGCCCGCUGAUCGACACCGCCGCCGGCGAAACCGUGCUGGACAAUGGACCGCUGAUGGACACCGCCGCCGGCGCAACCGUGCCGGACAAUUGCCCACUGAUGGACACCGCCGCCGGCGAAACCGUGUCGUGGACAGCCGUAAUUGACACUCCCAUAAUCACGUGCAACCGUCCUGUGACAGAGGAAACCAAACAACGAAAGACUCCAACCAAGAAGGCCAUCAUUUUCGGAGUGGCCAUACUGGUUGUAGUCGCUGCCGCCUCAUCCGUUCUUACGUUUGCAGUGACCAAGUCAAGCUUGCGUUUGUCGUCAUUGGAUAGUAGCGGCGACCCAGCGUUGCUACUCGGCACAGAGGUGUUGGUGCCGCUAGCUGCGUUCAAGUACAUGUGCACCAACAACCACCAAUGCGUCCAGCUCAACCUGACCAAAGACGAACGAGCAAAAGCUUCGACUGUCACUGGCCCUGGAGUUUUGAGCUUGCGAGUAUGCGAAAUGACCUGUGGCAACGGAUCGAUGCUGCCACUGCCCCAGUCGUUCAAGCUCACGACGCCAGAUACGGUCGCUGUGGACGUCGAGUCGUUCUCGCACUCUGUCACAGGCAGGGUCGACAACAGCGACCUGCUCCGAGCCAUGCAAUCCGCCUUUGCCACUGAACUGGUCAAGAAGAAGCAGUUGGCGCUUGGCGGGGUGGCCACGGCUGGCCGCAGUGUCAAGGUCGUCGCAUCCAUCCAAUCAUCGAGCGUCAAGUUGACGUUGGACACGGACGAGUCGUACGACCUCGCCAUUGCAUCAACCACUGUGACGAUUCUAGCUAACACUAUCUACGGGUACCGCCACGCGCUGGCGAGUUUGCUGCAAUUGGUCGACUGGUGCGACCUGUCACAGAGUUUCCGGAUGGUCAGCGCGGUCACUAUCGUCGACAAACCGGCGUACAAACACCGCGGGAUCAUGCUGGACACGGCGCGCAACUUCAUUCCGGUCCAGCUCAUGCAUCGGCUGAUUCGCACCAUGGGCAUGCAUAAGCUAAACGUGCUGCACCUACACCUGACUGACUCGUCGUCGUUCCCACUCGAAAUCAAAGCCGACCAUCGGUUCAACCAGUAUGGAUUGUACCAGAGCAACAUGGCGUACACACAGGUGCAGGUUGCCGCGCUCGUCGCAUAUGCCAAGGUCCACGGCGUCAAGGUGAUUCCUGAAAUCGAUGCGCCCGCGCACGUCGGCGCCGGGUGGCAGUGGGGCCCCGACUACAACAUGGGCGAACUGGCGCUUUGCUGGGCCAACAACCCGUGGAUGGCGCACUGCUUGGAAGCGCCGUGUGGCCAGCUCAACCCGUUCAACGAGUACGUGUACGACCUCCUGGAUCUCGUGUGGACCGAGAUUGGGGCAAUGUUUGACUCGGAUGUUUUUCACUUGGGGGGGGACGAAGUAUUUUUCGAGUGCUGGAUCGACUCGCCCGUGUUUGCCGACAAAGUACGCAAUAAAACCAACCACGCCGAGUACAUUGAGAUUUGGGCUACGUUUCAAGAACGCGUGCAAAACAAACUGUGGGCGCGGGACCCAGCCAAGCGCAUCACGCUGUGGUCCAGUGAUUUGACCACGUCCAGUUACAUUGCGUCGCUCCCGCCCGACAAAGUAUCGAUCCAGUCGUGGAACAUGCUCGAGUUGAACGAACCGAAGCGGUUCACGGACGCUGGCUAUUCCUCAUUACCUCGACUGCGGACUUAA